UUGGAGGCAUUCUUUAGCUCAUUCUUAUCGGUCACUGUGGCUCUUUCUCCUCCUCCUCCUCCAUCAUUGCCUACUUGUUCUUAAGUUGGUGUGUCAACAGGUAAAAUCAGAGUCAACUCCAUUAGUAAAUAAACAAGAGAAUAAGUCUCCACAAGAUUUGCCUCAACUAAUGUCUUUGUCAAAUCACGAGUUCCUUGCAAGUUGGAGAGCUUGGAUUUACCACCUUGCAUAUGAAUCAUCAGGUCAGCAACUUAUGGCAAGGACAAAACAUCGACAGUCUGUACCUGUUCCUAAAACUAAGAAAGAUAGUCUGGGACCUUCACAGGUAAACCACCUGGAUGAAGAUAGCUGGAUAAUAGUCAAGAAGCAGAAAGUUACAAUAUUGGUCCCACCGCUACCUGCUCCUAAGCAGUCCGUGGUGCAUAAUGCUGGAGAAAGCCUGAUACAUGUACCACCGAUUAAAGCUACUGAUAAUCGACCACAACAAGUUGAGAUGCAUACUGAAGCUCAGGUAGUUUGUGAAAGGGAGGUGCCAAAGUCUUUGGCACCUGAAGUUACUAUACCAACAGCUGCCGUAGUAGUUCCACAAAUAAUUUCUCAGUUCCCAAGACCAUUAAGGCAAAGUGAAAGGGAACGUUUAGAAAGUCGACCAAUGCCUAGUUUCAAAACUAAUAGAAGGACUGGUGUUUGCUCCACCUCUAAGAUUACCAAGCCAUCAAUUAUUACUGCUGAUAGGGGUACGAUGAUUAAUAAAAGAAUAAGAGCAAUUAAUCUUGAGCGCAAGCUUCAAAGUGCUGGAGGCUUAAGAAGUUGGCUGGUUUCAAGGGGCUUUGAACAUUUUGUGAACAUCUUUCAGACCAAGAGUAUUAACAAGUAUCAAUUGGCAAAUCUAACCAUGGAAAAGCUCAAGGAGAUGGGUUCGCACGCUGUUGGUCCUAGGAGAAAACUGAUACAUGCUAUUGACUGCCUUUGUCGUCCAUGCUGUUUUGAUCAUCCAAAUCUCAAGAGACGAGAUGGCUUUGUCAAAUGAGAUGCUACUAGUACAGAUUGUUUUACUUUAAAUGUUCAUUACAAACUGAUCAGGCAUGUGCAACAAAGAGGUAGAGUUGUUACUGUCUCUUGUAAAUUUUUCAGAUCUUUAAUUUGGUGCCACUUGCCUGUAGAAGUAUAACAAAAUGCAUUGAACCUCUUAACUGAAAAAUCUUUGAUUUGGUACUGCUGCUGCAUUCUAUCAAUGAAGUGAGAUCAAGAACAUUGAAAAAUA